AUGCGCUUCCGAACACAAUUAAGAGACAGCAGGACCUUCUCCAAGCUCACCGCAUCACUUUCCUCGCUGGGCAAGGUAUGUUGGAUGCGCCUCGAGUACGAUGUGAUCCGCUUUACCAUCAUACCCGACCAAGGCACACAAGUGUGGGCAUCAAUACCAGUCGGAACCAUUUUCGAUGACACGACCUACGAGCUAGAAUCUAAUUCCGACGCCAUCAACAUCGAAGUCAACAUCAGUGUCCUAAACCGAGCUCUGCGCUCCGCCUGGGGCUCAGCACAUACACAGCUUCGCCUAACUAAAAAAGAGAAAACUCCCCUCUUAGCACUAACAGUCCUCGCAUCAGAAUGGACGGAGGGGAACAUGGCCUUGGCCACCAAUAAUAACGCAGAUGGCUUUGGCGACGACCCAGACCCAGACCCAGAAGCAACUCUAGCCGACACGACAGGCGAUCGAGGACCACGCGAGCGCCAGACAUGGAUUACGCAAGAAAUCCCCAUCAAGAUACUCCACGAGUCAGCAGUCGAAGGGCUGCACGAGCCGCACUGCCCAGACCCCGAAGUGCACAUCAUCCUACCCAAUCUGGCGCAGUUGAAGAGCAUCUCCGAUCGCUUCACGAAACUCGCAUCCACAGACAGCAAAAGCCAACAGCCGGGUGUGAUGGCACCCGAUGCGCCGGGCAUGCACUCUGUUUCUUUCGGCGGGGCAGGCGCUAACACAGCUGCCACGGCACUGUCCACCAACUCGUCUCCCAAGCUUGAAUUAUCUGCUAAUAUGCAUGGCUCGCUACGGCUGGCUAUUGCUACGGACGAGCUGCGCAUCCAGAGUGUCUGGUCUGAUCUCGUGAACCCACCGUUGGACCCUGCGCAGAUGAGCCAGGAGCAGAUGAGCCAGCUUCCCAGUGAGCUUAAUCGGAAGCGGGAGGCGGUUGAGGGAUUCGAUUCUGGUUGGGCUAAGGUACGGAUUGAUGGAAAAGAUUGGAGUCGGGUGCUCAGUAUUGGGAGACUCAGUCCCAAGGUUGUUGCCUGCUUCAUCAAUGAAAUGGCAUUAGUUCUUUACGUUUAUCUGCCAGGUAAUCGGGAAGGAGAGGAAUCUUGUUUAACGUAUUAUAUCAAUUCAUUCACCACAUGA